AUGUCGGACGUCCCAGGUCCCUCGAAAUAUUCUGAAGUAGACAUGGAAGAAAAUGAGGAAGAAGACGGAAACACUCCCAACAACACUCCAAGCAUGGACGCUUUUGGAGAAGAGGUCGCAAACCCAAUUCAGGAUCUGAUCGAUAAGCUCAACGAAGAGCUCGAACAGCUUCGCAAAGACGCAAAAGAAAAGGAAGUAAAUGGCGGCGAAGAAAGCCAGGGAAAACCUCAACAGAAUAGAGCAGCAACUCAAAUCCUUACUUCACGAGCCGAGGACCCAACCAACGGAAAACCGAGUGCAGGAGCCCACGCCACAACCACAACAGAGGGCGGCAGUGCAAGAACAAGCGACGGAUUCGCAAUCGAAGUUUCAACUUGUGGAAAAAGGCAAGUGCAAAUUUGCUUGUGGAUCCUCCACCCAUACGUACGCUACGGAUUGCGAUGUGUACGCAACCAUCAGCGACCGCAGGGAGAGGAUGAGGCAAAUGCACCUCUGCAUACGCUGUUUCCAACAGCACAUGUCAAAUGA